AUGAUUGCUGACAUCCUUCCGCACUUUCUUGCGGUAUACAAAAUGUCAAGAAAAAUGGAAGAGGUCUACUUUUCACCAUUUUUGGUCGCCAUCGACGAGAAGACCCGCAGCAUCGUCAUCGCUGUGCGGGGCACCCUGUCCAUCGAGGACAUGAUUGUAGAUAUGCUGGCCGAAGGUGCGCGUGUACAGGAGGAGGACCUGGGCCCCACGGCG